UCAUUUAGUUCAUUACACAAAAUGUGUUCCUCUAAACCAAAAUCGCAGCACAGUCCUAGUAUCACCCCAACAACACCUAAAACCAAUCGCCGAUUGGUUCUUCAGCCAACUGAUAACCAAUUUCCAAGCUUGGAACAGAAGAAAUUGCUCAAAAAGACCAACCAUGAAUCCCUUAUUCCACCUCCUUUGCUAUCACCCCUGCCAACACCGAAAACUAAGCCGAUAAAUUCCCCUCCCAUCUCUCCCAAGAUACCUUCACCUCGACCACCAGCACUUAAGAGAGGAAAAGACCAUAAUGAGCUCAAUUCUAGUCUUGAGAAGUUAAUCCUCACACCCAAGUCAGCAAUUAAGCAGACUACUUCAGUGAAAAAGUCAAAGAGAUCAAGUGUUGCAGGUGCAGCUUCUGCUGAAAAUGUUAUAAAAAGUUCAUCUUCUUUGAUAGUAGAGGCACCAGGAAGCAUAGCAGCUGCAAGGAGGGAGCAAGUUGCAGCAAUGCAAGAACAACGAAAGUUACGAAUUGCGCAUUAUGGCAGAACAAACUCUGGAAAGUAUGAAGGGAAAGUGGUGCCUCUUGAUUCUUCAGCUACGAAUGUUGAGCAAAGGAGAUGCAGUUUUAUUACACCAAAUUCUGACCCUCUAUAUGUUGCUUACCAUGAUGAAGAAUGGGGAGUUCCAGUUCAUGAUGACAAUUUGUUGCUUGAAUUACUACUCUUGACCAGUGCCCAAGUAGGAUCAGAUUGGAGUUCAGUCCUGAGGAAAAGGCAGGCUUUGAGGGAGGCAUUUUCAGGAUUUGAUGCAGAAUUUGUGGCUAAAUUUAAUGAAAAGAAGAUAACUUCAGUGACUGCUGAUACUGGAACUGAUAUAAGCUUGAUCAGAGGAGUUGUUGACAAUGCUAAAAGAAUUCUUGAGAUUAAGAGGGAAACAGGGUCAUUUGACAAGUACUUGUGGGGAUUUGUAAAUCACAAGCCUAUUUGCACCCAAUACAAGUCAUGCCACAAGAUCCCUGUGAAGACUUCCAAAUCAGAGUUCAUAAGCAAAGCCAUGGUGAAGAAGGGUUUUAGGUUUGUGGGCCCCACUGUCAUUCACUCCUUCAUGCAGGCUGCUGGCCUCACUAAUGACCACUUGAUCACUUGCUCAAGGCACCAACUAUAGAUGAAGAUGAUAAUCAUCAUCAUACAAAUGUGUGGCAUAAAUAUUAGACUAUAUGUAACCCAAUAAGGAUAGUGAGAUUAUUAGUAGUCUAACUCUAGGGUAUUGGCUUUGUAAUGUGGAUUUGUGAAAGAUCUAGUGGAAGUCUUGAGAGGAUUUGAAAUGGAUUGCAAUCCUUAGAAAAAAAGUGUUGAAUG